AUUGUCGAAUCUUGACAUUGACUGUAAUUGCUAUUCUGAUUUUCGAACAAUAUUUGAUUUAUUAUGAUUAUAAAUUUUUUUAAAGUUCUCUUAUAUUCAAUGCUGUGAUUUGAUCAAUAAUUCUUAGUAACAUAGAAUCGAGUAACAUAGAAAACUUCAUCGUAGAAACAUUUAAGUUUGGCUUUAUUGUUAAAUUUUCACGUCUCAAAGUGUAAACAUCAAGAUGGCUACUCAAGAUCCAAAUAUACCGAUAGCUACUACAGUACCUACGAUAGCCCCAACUGCUCCAGAUGAUCUUCCACCUCCAUAUUCAGCGGUAGUGGGUAAUCCGCCAUAUGGAUUUGUGGUACCGACAGGUGCUUAUCCAGCGGGCUCUCAGUUUCCGAAGUCAUUUACUGCGCCUGGUGUAUACCCUCAUCCUCCAGCUGUGAAUAUAACCCAGCCUCAAGCAGGGGACAUGCCGUCUCCAGCAGGUAUGUCAGUGCCUGUAGGAGUGGUGAUCCCUGCGGCAGUCGGUUCUGAGCCUACUACAGUAACCUGUUACAAUUGUGGAAAGGUUGUAACUACUAGAGUAACAUACACCACGGCCUGGCACACACAUUUAGUAGCUGGAUCUGUAUGCAUUAUCACUAUGGCUUGCUCUCUAUGUUGUCUGGGUCUUGUUCCGUAUUGCUUUGAUACAUUUAAAGAUGCUGAGCAUUAUUGCCCAAACUGCAGUACAUUUAUUGGAAAGAGUAACAAAUGUUAAAAGAAUGAAGAGGAGUUGUAAGAUACCUGUUAUAUAACAGUCUGGAAGUGCAAAUAUCUAAGGUGCCAUUUUCAAACAUUGAAGGUUAAAAAAUUAAAAAGUUGCUAUUAUAUUAUUGUUGUUUAUAGCACACAAACAUAACUAUAAAAUUAGAGAACUUGUAUAAAUAAUCAUUUAGUCUUAGGAAGCUUUUGCUUUAAUCACUUUUCUAUUAAAUGAAAUAAUGGAGUAUUUUUUUAGGUCAUAUUUUAUAUAUUCCAAAAUACACUGAAUAAAUAUCAAAUAUGCAUGUGUUUAAAUAUUUUCUGAUAUAAAUUCACAUGCUAUAUGGUACUAUUUUAUUAAUUUAACAAUCAGCGCUUUUUUGGUCUUAUUACAAUCACCUAGUUAUUGAUGUAUCUGAAUUUGCAUUCCAUCUAUAUGCUUAUAAAUAUAUUUGAUAUAAUGGUGAUUGGAUGAACUGUGAUAUAUAAUCAAAUUCAACAACACUUGUGUCAGAGUUGGAUAUUGUGCUAAAUACAAUACAUUAUUUGAACAUUUAUUAAAAAUUGUUUUAUUCUUUAUAUGAUGUAUGAUUAAUGUAUUUUUUCUGUUUUGAGUCUUAUGAUUUUACCUCCAAGGGUUUAUUUAUUAUCUUUUAGUCUUCUGAUUUUUUUUUAGUAAUAGUUUUGUCCCAGAAUUGUAAAAAGUUUUUAUGUCUCACAAAUAAAAUGUAGAUGCAAUUUUUAUUUUAUUUACCUGUGUAUAUUAUUAAAUGGCCAUUUUAUGAAUAAUACAAGCAUGUUAUUAUGCUUUAUCUGUUAUUUGUACAUUAAACUUGAUUAGAUAAAAGCAUCUAUGACUUACUGAUAACAUGUUAUCAACUUGAAGUGUGACUGAUCAAUAUUGAAGCAAGUUUUAUUUAAAUGUAUUUAAAAAAUGAGCAACAGAAAUGAGAGGACCAUAGAAAAUAGGCACGAAGCAGUUGAAGAAAACCAAGAUCAAAUUGGAAAUGUAGAGCCCCCACCUCCAUAUACACCUGUGGAUACAUUGUAUGGGCGAGUGAUAACUAAUCAACCUGUCAUACAUCAAACUAUUAUUGUGCAACAGUCUUUAAAAGAUGAACCAGUUCUUAUUGAUUGUCCUAGCUGCCAUAAAAGGUCUAUGACAAAUGUGGUUUUUGCAAAUUCUCAGAAGACACACAUGAUAGCUGGUUUCAUUUGUGGACUAACCAUGUGGUGUAUGUUAUGUUGCCUUGCUGCUUUACCUUACACAUUAAAGACAUUUAAAAAACCAGAACAUUACUGUUCACAUUGUAAUUACUAUUUGGGUCCUGCCUCUAAGUUUUAAACAUAAUUUUAAGUAUUGCCACCUUAAAUUAAUUUAUGUUUAAGUCCACAUUAUUAAUUAAGCUUAAUUAAUCACAAAUAAAAAUAAAUAAAAAAGG